AUCAUGUAGUGCAUAAUUCUAGCAUAGUUGAUGACCCCACGGCCACAUUCUUCGCGUGCGCUGGGUAUAUGUGAAAUCAGUACACAGAUCUAAAUCAUAGACUACAGAUAACAUGCCAUACACACUGGCAGUGUGCCACUCUAUGUGACGUAUGACUAGCUAAACCUUCUUUAAUCCGGUUGUUCCACGAUAUGCGAGUUGGUUGUUGGACUGUCCUUGGGUGACUUGACAAAAUCUUAAAGUGCCUUAAAAAAAGCGGGAAACUCAGCAUUUUCUUUCUCUUUCUUUCUCCCAUCAAAAAAAGAGCGCGCGCUCUCUUUCUCUUCCUCGCUCCCACCUCCUCCUCACCAAUUCACCAUCCUCAGUGUAUAUACAUAUACCCUCACCUUUUAAUUCCUCUUUUUCAAUUCUCGCUCAUUCCCCCCACAUCUUCAAGAGCAAUUUAUAGCACGCUAUCUGAUAUUUAUCAUGAGUGCAUCCAUAGCCGAUAUUUUCGAAGAUUACGUAGAAAGUCUUCAAAAUUUACCCGGAGAGAUCGAUCAAAAUAUGCAAGAGCUGCGCAAUAUGGAUGAAGACUUUCAACGUAAAAAAAACCCAACAUUAUUAUUUUUUUCUUGCGUGAAUGGUGAUGAUGAUGGUGAUGAUAAUGGGAUAACUGAAAGGCAACAUUACGCAUACAUAGGGAUUCGUGAAACAUAUACAAAACAUCGACGAUCCUACGCCAAAGUCUUACGUACAAACAACGCCAACCCACCUGUCAACUUUGCAGCAUCUCGAUUACAACUCGAUAAGGAAUAUAAAAGCGCAGUACAAAAGCAAGAUCAAAAGAUUGAGUUAGCAUUGCGCAUGUACGAUCUCGUUUCAAAACACAUUGAACGUAUUGAUUCACAAAUGGCAAAAAGUGGCCUUGAUGGAGGCGAUUGGAUUACAAAUAGUGGUGGUGGUGGUGCUGCUGCUGCUACAAUGAAUGCAACGUCGACAGCAACAGUAAAUUCAGGAGCAACCACGAAUGGAAGACGAAGGCAACAACACCCGUCUAACAGUGCAUGGGAUGAUGGCAGUAGUUGGAGGACGAAUGGUGCCGAAAGUGGUGGUGGUGGUCCAAGAAAACGAUCUUCAUUGGGACCUUCAUCUGUUAGGAAACGAACACAUCAUUCUUCAAGGCCGACGCCAUCAAUAAGUCAUCACGGAUCCUUGGCAGAACUGGAAAUUGAUCCCAAUGAACCUCGAUACUGCAUCUGCAACCAAGUAUCGUUCGGUGAUAUGGUUGCGUGUGAUGGAGAAAAUUGUGAGAAGGAAUGGUUCCAUUACGCUUGUGUAGGCCUCGUCGCACCUCCCAAGGGAGCAUGGUACUGUGAUGAUUGCGCAGACGCAGCAAACGGAUAUCGAAAACGACUGAAGGGAUUGACCGAAGAUAUCGCCUAGCCCACAGUGUACAUCCCACUCUCCCACUCCCAUCACUUGUCUUCACCGGAUGCAGCACACAACCUUACUGAACAAAAAGAAAACGUAACAACAAAACCAAUGUAGAUACCAUACUUAUACUCGAGGCCUUUUUUUUUUCUUUCUUGCACCUUUCUUUUUCUCGUCCUUUAAGAAAGAAAUUCACUCUCUUGUGUCCCUGCAGGAG